GUGGCAGCCGCUCGCUCGGCCAGUCGCGCGUUACAGUUCCUCUCGAAGCCACCUUCCGUCCGAACCCGCAGUGUCCCAGUGCUUCUGUGUUCAGUGGAUAACUCCUUGGAUUCCGUGCGCCGAUGAGAGACUGACAGGCCGCCCUUGCUCCUCCCGCUCCUGCCGCUACAGGCCGCUCGAUCCCGCCCAGGACUCCUCCUUCCGCCGGGGUCAUCCACCUGCCCGCAUCCUGCCGCAGGAGCGCCCGCCCGCGUCACUAGCCCCAGCGCGCGCUGGACUAGUGCACCUCCGCCCGCCAGUGACCGCUCCGCCGCCCUCGCCGCCCGCACCUCCCGCGGGCUGUGACGAGCACGUGAGUGAGCGUGUGUGUGCGUGUGUGUGAGCGUGUGCGUGUGUGAGUGAGCGUGUGUGUCGAAGGAGCCUCGCCUCCGACCUCCCACGUCCCACGCACUCCGCCCGCCCCGCCCUCGCCUCCGUCAGCCGCGGCGCCCUCGGGAGCGAAGUCCUUGCGCUUGUAACCGUGGCCGAAGAAGCUCUCUUCAUGAUUACCAUGGACAUCCCGACGCCGCCGACGCCACACCAGGUGGUCGCCCAGAACAUCAUGCAGCAGCCGAGCCCCGACGACUCCAAGAAGAAACAUCGCGCCACUGGCCACCACGACGAAGUGUCCGGCACCUAUUACUUUGGCGAGAAUCCAUCGAAAGGCCAUGGCGGCGUGAACCAGCUGGGCGGCGUCUUCGUGAACGGCCGCCCUCUGCCCGACAUGGUGCGCCAGAGAAUAGUGGAGCUCGCACACAACGGCGUCCGCCCCUGCGACAUCUCGCGCCAGCUGAGGGUGUCCCACGGAUGCGUCUCCAAGAUCCUGUCCAGAUAUUAUGAGACCGGCAGCUACAAGGCGGGCGUCAUCGGGGGCUCCAAGCCCAAGGUGGCGACGCCCGUGGUGGUGGAGGCCAUCGCCAGGUACAAGCGCGAGAACCCCACCAUGUUCGCCUGGGAGAUUCGCGACAGGCUGCUGGCGGAGGCCGUGUGCACCCAGGAGAACGUGCCCUCCGUGUCCUCCAUCAACAGAAUCGUGCGCAACAAGGCGGCGGAGAAAGCCAAGCACUCGAUGCCCGGCACGCUGUCCCCGGUGUCCCAGGCGACGUCGGUGAUCGCGCACGCCCCGCCCGCGCCCCACGAGACGGCCCUGCAGCGCCAGGGAUCCUACUCCAUCAACGGCAUCCUGGGCAUCCCGCCCCACACCGACCCCAACGGCAACAUCAACAAGAGGAAGCGGGAAGAGACCGAUGAACCUCGCGAUAUGAUUGGCCACCCGGACGACGACCCGAAGCGCCAGAGAACGCAGUACAACACAGACCCGCUUUACACUAAUAUGUUAUGGUCGAAGCAAGCCUGGCCGACCCUCAAGACCGAAGACGCCACCAAGACGUUGCUGCCCGACCUCGGCGGCGGAGUCACGGGGGGCGCCGCCUCCCCCUACAGCAGCGUGCAGUCGUUCGUGGACCACCCGGCCAGCUACCCGUCGGUGUCCGCCGCCUCCGCCUCCACGGACGCCCUCUACGAGACGAUGGCCAUGACGCAGUCCAACACCAACCAGGUCUACUCGCCUCCUCUCGCCACUUCGCUCGGUAGCGCAGGUGGACUGACACCUCUCACACCCAUCACCAUGCAAGACGUGAAGCCCGUGCUCGCCGCUCCUUCGGUCCUUGACACAACCGCGUCCCAGUUCCAUCAAGGUGGGUCCGUCUACACCCCCCUGAGCGGCACCCAGCCUCAGCCCACCUCUAACGCCGCCUACACCACCGCGGCCGCCCACUACCCGGACCACACGCCCGUGUCGCCCGCCCAGUGCACGGCGAGCGAGAGCGUGACGUCGCUGGACACGCUGGUGGUGGCGCCCUGCUCGUCGCCGCUCAAGGCCGACACGCCCUGCACCUCCGCCCUCACGGUCCUGCAGCCGCGUCGCACGCCCACGCCGCCACCCACCACGCCCCCAACCAUGCGCACACCCACGUGCACACCCCAUCGCAUGCCCACGUACCCAUGCAUGCCCAUGCCGCGGUCACCCCCGACCCGACCUACACCGCCCUCCCGCCCAUCACUCACUACGCAGGCACGGCCGGGUCCAUGGCAGACUACACGUACUCGUCGCCGUACACUCAGUACUCCUCCGCGUACCCCACCUACGGAUAUGGCACGGGGGGUCUCCUUAGUAAGUAACUACAUGGGGAACUACUCGACCUCCAGCAACGGUGGUAACAACAGCAGCGGCGGUGGCAACAGCGCCAACAGCAACGCCACCACCAACAGCGCCAACACCACCCCCACCAACAACAACAACAACAACAACAGUCACAACAACACGGCGGCGCGCCUGCGCAUGUUGCAGUCGUCCCUCGGCGCCUCCAUGUGCGGCAGACAGGACCGCUGCACGUAACGCUGUGACGUCACCUCGUCUCUGCUGUGCGUCCGUUGGCGAGCAGGUGUCCGGCUUAUCAAGACAACUGUGAUGCGACAGACCUCCGCUCCCCCUCCUCGCUGCCCCUCCCCCUCCGAGGGUCUCCCCUCCCCCCUCCCUUCCCCCCGCGCUCGGGAGGCUCCAGCCUCGCGCAGACGCGGCGCGAGAGAAGGACUGCGGGAGAAGGAAGAUCGCGCGCCCGCGGACUCAGCCGCGCGGGUGAGGACCGCCAAGUCCAGAACCGCGACGACGUCGACGAAGAGGAGGAGAAGCCAAAAAGGACCCGAACACAAACGAGGAAGGAACGCCGUCUCACGACCUGCGCCGCAGCCGCGGAGAGCGAGAGACGACCUUUAGUGUAGCUGAGUGCGUGUUUGAGCAGCACGGACCGAUCUCUUAGCUAGGAUACCAAAGAAUACCCACUCAAGUCACGAGCUUGCUUGAGUCGUGGCGGCCGAACGACCCUUUCCUUCUUCAGGCACACGCGUUCGCUUCAGGAACGAACACACGGUCAACAGCCCUCCCUCCCCGCCUCCCGCCCUCCCCCUCCCCCGCCCCCCGCCCGAGGCAUUCAUCUUGUACAUAGCACCGUCGACGCAGCCUUUCCUGGUGUGCCUGAAGGAGGCAAGCGAGGGGCGCCGACUCGCACACCUCUUUCCACUCUGGGCGCGGCGGGGAAGCCCUCCUCCCGACGCGGGAUGAGAGCAGCCAUCCCCGCCGCCGACCACUCUCCUCUGUCGGGUCUCGGUUUUCUGUUUGUUUGGGGUUUGUCGCUGUCCAGGACCUAGAUCUACGACUCGCGUUUUUGGCGUCGAUCAAAAACCUUCUAAAUCCCUGUAUCGUUUAAGUUUGAUUAUGAUUUUUUUCAUUAUGAUAAUAUAUGUAUUUUUUUCAAACAAAGACGCCUGUGAAAUGGUGAUUCGAUUACCUCUUUUUAUAUAUAUAUAUACGAAUAUAUAUAUUAUAUAUAUAUACAUAUAUACCUCUUAUUUUGUCUUGAAGAGGCUAAGAAAAACAACAAGAAGGCGGUUGAGGGCCCCGCGGGCGGCCGUCGGGCCCUCGGGCGCCGCCGCUAACCAAAGAGGCGUUUUUGGCUUCUGUCCCCCAGCCUGUGCGGUACAAGGCGAAGCUUAGUCAGGUGGACCUCUGGUGGCACGGAGGUUGCUCUCGGCCUCCGUUUUGGAGGAGGCAUUUUUUUUGUAUAGACACGUUUUUAAAAAAGAAAGAAAAAAAGAAUGAUGACAAGUUGACCUAUGUAUUAUUAAUAAAAAAGACCUAUUUAUAAAAUCUGCCGAAGUUAAAUGCCCUAGGUAGGUCAUAGAGUUAAGGAGAGAAUAGGUUUAAGGUUUUCCAUUCGCCCUUUCCCCUUCCCUCCCAGGAUGCAACACUCAACCCACCCCCCCUCUCUCUCUUGUUUCUUCGCCGAUUCCGUUUUUAUUUAUUCUAUUUUGCCCAUCACCACUCAGUUAUAUUGUACAGUAUUAGUCCUAGGGUCUCAACUCGCACCUUAUAGAUGCCCCCACUUUCACAGUCACAAAGUAUUACGCGUUUGGUAAGAAUGUCCUUCAUUUGAUUAAGAGGAACGAAGCGGAGCGGUAUUCUGGACCAAAUACCGGUUUUGAGUUUUUUAAUUAUUGUUAUUAUUAUCAUUAUGAUGAUGAUUAUCAUUAUUAUUCUAAUUUGUAAGAGAUUAUCCACUGCAGCUGUAUUGCCUACGGGUCAGUCUGGAUUUUAUGCUUGUCAGGAUACCUAGAUUUAACAAAUAAAGUAUUCGUCAAAGUUUUUAUGUAUGUGUCUUACAGGCGGUCGGCAGGUGACGCUGCCGCCCCGCCGCGAAUGGCUACAUGAACUAGUCUCAAUCAUUCACUUUCCGUGAAAAGCGAAAGAAAAUUCUGAUUUAUCUCUCUCAUAUCAUGUUUAAUAAAUCUUCAUAUAUAUUUUUCCUUUUUCGAAAUACUCCUACUUGUGAUCGGAAUUCUCAAAAUUUAGAAGACUUUCCCCCACACAAACUUUUUUAUUUUUUACAAAUUCUCAUGCAAACAAUUCUCAUUAUUUCUAAAGCUUAUUUUUAAAAGGUAAUUCUUAAUUAUUUAAUUGUUUCUCUCAACGAAUCCGCGGCCACCACGAAGUGCUGCGCCGCGAGUGUACAUUUGGGGCUUCUUUGCGAAAGGGUAACAGGUGUAAAGCUUUUCUGUUCGAGUUUUGUUUGUAGUCUGUUAUGUGCAGUCACUGCAUUGCUCUUUUAUGUGUAAAAGCAUUAUGUUUACGAUAAUGACUUAUUAUUGAUUAUAGAUUUUUAUCAUUAUUAUGGUCAUUGUGUUUUUUGUCAUGCAUUCAGUGUACCGUCACAGUAUCUCUGAAUUUUUAUGCUGUAAAAAUUUUGUGUUCGUUGGUCGAUGUGGCUUCAGCGCCUCAUCGCCAGCAUGUAUGCAAUCAUUGCUUGAUUUCUUGUCAUCAAUUAGAUUUUUAUAUAUGCCUUAUGUCCAAAACAUUGUUAUUAUGGUCGUUAUAUCAACAUUUUUUAUAUAUCUCCAGUGACAGUGUUUCAUAUUUUUUAUUUUGUCUCAACCUACAAACAGUAAAAUGCGCAUCAGUAUGUUGUGAAUUGGUUGCCAGUUUGUGUAUUUGCUUCGAUUUUUUUCCACUAUUGAAGAGAGCGAGUCUUCCACGACUGUCUGCAACUGAUGCUGUUUAGUCAGACACAGUAAAACCUACAUAUUGAUGUAUGCAGCAACAGUAGGUAUAGCUAUAGAAAUAAACAACUGCUCUUUAUAGUAAAA